AGUACAUCCUCAAAUUUAGUGUCCUUGUACCUUGAACAUGGCGAACUAUUCUUCUAUUAUUUCAAUGCCAGAAACAUAUCUUUUUUUCGGUAAUUCAGCGCUACGUCCAAUAGUUAUCAAGAAUUGCAAUGGAAGAACAUCUGUUCCAUUUGGGAAAGCAUGGAUUGACCGUACACGGCCGUCUAAUAACGUACCCGUAACCGGAAUACCGUUUGCAUUUAUCUUUAAAGAAGCAACGGACUCUUUUUUAGAUAUGAUUUUGGGACUUGAAAAAGGAGGCGGUGACGAACAAAGGCCAGAUGCGUCUAUUUUAGAUGAUAACAAAAAAGGUGCAUUAGCCAGUAUAAAGAAGUAUUUGACAGAAGAUUAUGACAAACAUGAAAAAUGCAUUUUGAAAUUAUCAGAAAUGGAUAAUGAAGUGGAGGUGAAGGCUAUCCUUGCUGUUCAUCUCUUUGCACCUUUGAUUCCUGAUCUACCUGAUACUGACCAGUAUGGUAUUGACAAUGAACACUUUCCUAAAGAUGAACAACAAAGGAAGUGUCCAUCAUGUGGUCAAAAGCUUAGGUUUACAGAUACAUCAUUUGGAAAUAUUGAAGUUUGGCAUGGUAAUGCUGAUAUGAUUUUAAAUAAAUGUACCGUCACUGUGAACAAAGAAUAUGAUGAAGCUAGAAGAUCAACCAGACAUCAAGCAGAACAUUACGACAGUGAUUCCGAUGCCAGUGUUAGUUCAAGUUCUAGCUUUUCAUUUGUUGAGGUUAAAUGUCAUGAAAAGGCAGGUGACAAACAGUUAUGUAGGCAAGAAGAAGCAGAGGCUCAAGCUAUAGCACAGACAAUUACAAAUGCAUUCUGUGAGGAAAGUGAUAGAGAUGAGUUAAUUCCAUCUUUUUUAGCUACACAUGAAAAGGUUAAGAUCUACAUGUACUGUUGUAGCAAAGAUGUACUCCUUGAAAGUAAUUACAUACCUAUUUGUCCAAAUGGGUCAUUGAGCAUAAAAACUCUGGUAUUGGUGUGGUUGGCUUUAAAUUUUGAUUUCUAUCAAGUAUCAGAUGUCUUUGGUGAGAAAUUCAGAGACAGACUUGAAUAUGAAUUGCCACUGUCAAAUUUUCAUAAAAUUGUAGGUGAAGAUGCUUUGAAACUCUAUCAGCAUGAAGCAAGUAGACAUUUGAUAAAAAAACAAGGUGACCAAAUGGAGGAAGUAGAGAUACCAUUUCAUCCUAGUUUUUACAAACUUUCAAUUAUUGACAAAGAUAUGUUUGAUAUCAUUCAGCUGAUGGAUAAAAUAAGUUUAAUAGGGAAGAAAUAAUUUUGAACAAAACAAUCUGCUUAAGAAAGCUUGUUAAUACUUUUAUUGCAUAUGUAAACCUGUUGUCAGUUCUUUUAUAGUAGAAGGUUGAAUACUACUAAAACUUUUACCUGGGAUUGUGAGAGAUGUUGGGCUCUCCAUUAUUUGUAUGAAAGUCAAAUUGACACAAGAGUCUGCAAUAUUUUCAAUUAUUGUUCAAUUGCUGUCCAGUGUUUGAACAUUUUCUGGAAGUUUUGUUUCAUAUAUUUAUGUAUGUUAUUAUUUUGCCUUUCAGAGAUAAUUUAGAAAAUGUCAGUGUGAUAGCAAAUCAUAUUACAGUUUGAAUUGACACAAUGU